AUGGGUCCCACCAUCAUCCCGCCGGCCACUAUACGAAGUCGAAGUUUCCCGGGCCGACGUCCCUGCUUCCGGUCGUGUACGAGUGUGCGUAGAACAUCGCUUCACGGGGCAGUCCUCCAACAGGGCAUUGCACGACGCUCCACGAUCGAUUACUCCUCGCCUCCCGUGCCCCUUGAAGAGGCUGGCGGGAGGCCGACGUACCUAAAUUGCAUGCUGCGACGUUGGAUCCGCCGUCUCGCGCCUCAAAUUAUUGCGGUUCGAGAGGGCGAGCAGCGAGAGUCGCUCCCAGUCGUGGCCAUAUCGCUCGUUCGCUUGCCCACUACUGUACUGCUGUAUCUCCCGCACGCUUAUUCUCCCACCACGUUCCUCAAAGCAGAGCGAGCGACAGCGAGAGAGAACCGCGGCACCCGUCCUUGUCAGCAACGGCAAGAGUCGAAUAAUUCGAAAUUUAAACGCUGGGAAGGGCCGAUUUCAAAUCGAACGGGAAGAGAGCGCCAACGCGUCGUCACCAUCGGCAGCGCCAGUGUCCCAGAGAAGCUUUGGCUCCCGCUCCGCCUUCCGCUGCGGGAGAAGGGAGUCGUCGAAGUGGAGGUCGCGUUCGGGACUCGCGGGGAGCCACUUCCUCGGUGCGCAUGA